GAGCCAGGACAGGACUACGGACGCAGCUACGCACCAGUAUGCCGUAUCGGGAGCAUUCGCAUGACGUGCGCCAUUGGCUGCCUGCCACAACAGCUGGCCCAUCUACCAACUGGACGUUGUCGGUGUCUUCCUGAACGCCCUCUGCGACAGAGAUGUGUACGUCAGACCCGCCCCCGGUACAUCCGCCAAGAACUCCGCGACGGGAGAACCCAUGGUGUACAAACUAGAACGGAGCCUCUACGGCCUAUCGCAGUCGCCUGCGCUCUGGAACGACACCCUGGACGAAUCCCUCACGGUGUUCGGAUGGAAAAGGACUCAAUCCGACCCCUGCGUGUACGUGUAUACCACCGGCAACAUCAUCGUGAUUCUCACGGUCUACGUAGACGACAUUCUCAUCACAGGAGGAGACCAGCAGCUCGUGGACCAGAAGAAGAAGGAGCUCACGGAUCGAUUUGAGAUGACCGACAUGGGAGAGGUCAAGCGGAUCCUCGGGAUCGGCGUGCAGCGAGACUACGAGCAAGGAACCCUGGCCAUUUCACAGGAGCACUACGUGAACACACUUCUGGAGCGGUUCGGAAUGCAAGAGGCCAACCCAGUGAGCACUCCUGGAUACGGAGCGGAAAUCUCCACGAAUCAACCUCAGGACCAAAUCCUAGGACCCACGGAAAAGAAAAAUUACCAGUCGAUGACAGGAAGUAUCCUCUACCUGGCCCAGUGCACGCGAUUCGACCUCUCUUACGCUGCCCUACAACUUUCCAAGGCCUGCAGCAACCCAGCGCAGGUGAACAUGACAGCAGCCAAGCACGUUCUGCGAUACCUUCGGGGUAAUCCAGGUCUUCCUAUCGUCUACAAGAGAGGACAGUUUCGGCUAGCGGCGUUUACGGAUUCAUCCUUCGGAGCAAACCCCGACAACGGAAGAUCUACCACGGGAUAUCUCUUCUUUCUGGCUGGAGGACUCAUCAGCUACGGUGCGAAGACUCAAACUCUAACCGCGCAAAGCACGGUCGAAGCCGAGAUUCAAGCACUUAGCUACUCAGCCAGAGAGGCGGUCUACAUCUCAAAUUUUAUGACGGAACUCAACUUCAAGACCUUCGGAUCGGUUCCCAUCAACAGCGACAGCACCGGAGCGCUGACAGUGGCCGGGAAUGCCAUGCACUCUCAACGCACGAACGUGGCCCUGAGGUGCUUUUUCAUCCGGGAGCUAGUACUACGGGGACAAAUCACUCUUCACCACCGGCCCAGCGAGCACCAGUUGGCUGAUAUCGCGACCAAGUACCUCCCAAAGCACCGAUUCGCCUCCAUCAUUCAGCAGAUCAAGGACUUCUCGUGUUGA